ACCAGCAGCACCUACUGAUUGAUAUACCAGCAAGGAAGGACUAAGGUCUACUGAGGGCACACAGAGGCAUUUGGGACCCGAGGGCAGUGUAUUUACAAAAGACUUGCCUACGGAGUUUCUCCUCCUUUCUCCAGACAAAGACCACGGCGAGAAAGCAGCUGCUCUUUCCACCCAGUUUCCCUUGUUAAACAACAAGCCAGUAGUAACAGACUGUUAGUAAAUACCGGGGAAGGAAAAAGCUCGUAAGCUGAGCCUGGUCACAUUGCCUAGUGUGAUAUAGUUUUAUUUUUAACAUCCAGGCACUUGAGCUAUUUCUGCAGAAGUUUUCUGUCAGCCUCUCCUUAUUCUGUGCCUCCGCUCGGACACUCCCUUCUCUUUCCCGGAGACCCACGUGUGGUAGAUGCCAUUGCACGGGAUAUAUCUUUAAGAGCUAAGAAGCAAGAAGACUUGUCAGCGAGAUGGGCAGAGUCCAGAGACCUCCACCUGGACAGCACCGACAUUGUGAGAAAUGUUUCCAUCGACAGUGUCAGGUUCCAAUCGAGCCAAGUAUCUCCUGCCUGGUGAUCAGUUGCCGCCGGCUUUGUGGAGCAGCUUUUCACAUGUGUAAAGAGGAAGAGCAUGAGUUACUGUGUCCCCUAGAGCAGGUUCCUUGUCUCAACUCUGCUUAUGGCUGUCCUCUCUCUAUGGCCCGACAUAAAUUGGCGAAGCACCUUCAGGUGUGCCCAGCCAGCGUGGUCUGCUGCUCCAUGGAGUGGAACCGUUGGCCAAAUAUAGACUCAGAAACGAUUCUUCAUGAGAAUAUUAUGAAAGAGCCUCAUAGCGAGGAAUGUUUGGAUACAGCUCUGGCCAUCCAGGAUCAAAAGGUCCUUUUUGGCUCCCUGAAUAUGGUAGAGCUUUUCCCAGAAACCAGAGAGUUCACUGAGGAGGAACUGGAAAUGGACACUGAUGCUAUUUUGGAGGAACAAGGAGCAGUUGGGGGGGUGGACUCUCAUUCUCUGUCAGUAAGUGGAAUGUCACCUAAUGGUGAGAUGGUGGAGCUGAGCCAGCAAGAACGAGAGGCUUUGGCAAAAGACAAAGAAGGGAUGGAUCUGGCCAGUUUUGGGAAGUGGGAAAACAUUUUCAGCAAAGAGCAUGCAGCAUCUCUGUUAACAAAUUCAUCAGCAAACCCUGAGGGCAAGAGUAAUAAAGACGCAGGGAGAGUACAGAAUUCCAGUCAGGGCAAUGCUUCUGAGAAGGGCAAUGACAUGGAGAAAGAAGCCCAGGCCAACCAAGAGGAGAAGGACCCAUACAGAAAUAUGGAAACCACAGGAUUUGCCCCUUGGCAAGAUGGCGUACUGGAAAGACUGAAGGCAGCAGUUGAUGUAAAAGACUAUAAUAUGUACCUGGUGCAUAAUGGAAGAAUGCUGAUCCACUUUGGCCAGAUUCCUGCUUGCACUCCUAAAGAAAGGGACUUUGUCUACGGCAACCUAGAGGCUCAGGAAGUCAAGACCGUUUAUACCUUCAAAGUUCCGGUCAGCUACUGUGGAAAGAGGGCUCGACUUGGUGAUGCAAUGAUGGCCAGUAGGCCAAGUGAACACAAGGCUACAGAUACAUCAGAUUUGGGAAUUGAUGUAGAAGAACUACCAAAAUCUGAUCUAAUCAAAACUACCCUUCUGUGUGCAAUGGAAAGAGAGCUGAAGGGCCAUGUAAUCUCCGAAGCAAGGAGCAUAGAUGGACUCUUCAUGGACUUUGCAACCCAGACCUACAACUUUGAGCCAGAACAGUUUUCCUCAAGUACAGUGUUGGCGGAUCUCACUUCUGAAGUUCCCCCAGGUCUCCACGUGGAACUCCAAAGUGAGUGUGUAACCAGGAGACAUAACAAGAGUAGCUCAGCUUUUACUUUUACAUGCAACAAAUUUUUUAGGAGGGAUGAGUUCCCAUUGCACUUCAAGAAUGUCCACUCUGAUAUUCAGUCAUGCCUCAAUGGCUGGUUCCAGCAUCGAUGUCCCCUAGCCUACUUGGGGUGCACCUUUGUUCAGAGUCAUUUCCGCCCUCCUGGGCAAAGAGCCAAAGUGAUCUACAGUCAGAAACUCAGGACGUUUGCCAUCAAGCCCGAGGUUGCUCCAGAACUGGGGCCCAGAGGGAAUGGCCAGAGGUUGCUGACCAGCCUGCCCCUGGAGAUACUGCAGUACAUCGCUGGUUUCUUAGAUAGUGUCAGCUUGGCUCAGCUGUCCCAGGUGUCUGUCCUCAUGAGGAACAUCUGUGCCACGCUCUUACAAGAGAGGGGGAUGGUUCUCUUGGAGUGGAAGAAAAAGACCUAUUCUCAUGGGGGCACCGGCUGGAGAGCUCACCAGAAGAUCUGGCAAUUCAGCAGCCUUUUCUCCAGAAUUAACAGCUGGCAGUUUAAUGAAGUCACCUCCAUGUCCGAGCACUUGAAGACGUGCCCCUUCAACAUUGUGGAACAUAGGACAGACCCAGUUCUUCUAACCAGCAUGUGUGAGCAGCCCGAGCAAGCCAGGAAGAGCUUGGUCACCACCUUCAGGCCUAGACCCUGAGGAGGAAAUCCUUCCAAAGGUGCUUCCCCAGCCUCCUAGAAGGAGAAUUGGGUCAUGAUUUUGAGGAUCAGCUUCCUGCAUCUGUGGAAUCUUGGGUUCUUAGAAGCUUCAGCCAACUCUCCAAACCUAAUAACUCCUUGUUGUAGUUGCUGAGGUUAGCUACAUUACCUCCCUCCCUCUCCCCAGCUGAUUAAUUCCCUUACUGCUUGAGAAAUCAUUCUAAAAGAAAGUAGCUCAUUAGGCAAUCAGGAAAUCAAGAAGAAAAUACAGGCUUUAGAAGAGGAGAAAGGAAGACAAUUACCCAAUGGACAGCCCUCCCCAUGAACAGGGUUCAUUCAUACAGGCAUCACAGAACAACUCCCAAGCUGAGUGCUAUUGAGGUGAGGAACUGCUCAGAUCCAAAAAGGAUGCGUUGGGGGACUUCAGAGUUAGAGAUUCAGUGAUUUGGAGAAGAGGAAAAGGCAAGGGCCAUAAGGUAGAAGGACUCCUUCCACCAGUUGUAUGUAUAAACAUUCAGAGGGAGUAUGGCGGGGACACAAGCCAGAAAUAAAGUGGUCCCUGUCACUUGGCUAGCUUAUAGUCUACAGAUUUAGUGCCUUUGAUUUCUCCCACCUUCAUCAUGGUCAUUCCUUGAGAAAGAGAAAAGAGAGAAUAAUGAUUCGAUACAACGACAUGUAGCUACUGGAUUAUCUGGCAUCAGAGUAGCUGUGAUUGAUUUCAAAUCUGGCAUUUUUAACUCAGAGCUGGAUAGCACCAUUUAGAGAAAUGGAGAAAAGACAAGUUUUAUCAUUUAUAGGAGCAAGACCUGGCUGUGGAUGUAAAUAUGAUGUGUGACUUUGGGAAACCCAAUUUUCCUUAUUACAAUCCAAGCCAAUUGGGGCAGCUGAGAGCCAGGCCUAGAGAGAGGAAGUUCCUGGUUCAGAUUUGACCUCAGACCAUUCCUAGCUAUGAGAUCCUGGUCAAGUCACUUAAUCCCACUUGCCUAGCCCUUACCUCUCUUUUGCCUUAGAAUCGAUAAGAAAGAAGGUAAUGGUUUAAAAAAAAUUAAAUUCAAUCCAAUAAAUAUUCCCUAAGCACAAUACAAGACAUCAUGCCAGGUUUUGGAAGUAUGUAGACAAAAUGAAAAAUAAUCUUUGCCCCCAAGGGACUUUUAGCCUACUGAUGGGGACCAUAGAGGAUCAUUUGAAUAGAAAUAGAACAUUGUUUCCCAUUGCUCUGACUGUAUUGUGUUUUUUUUUUUGCUACAAGGCACUAUUUUUUUAAAAAAAUUAAAACCCUUAACCUUCCAUCUUGAAAUCAAUAGUGUGUAUUGGUUCCAAGGCAGAAGAGUGGUAAGGGCUAGGCAAUGGGGGUUAAGUGACUUGCCCAGGGUCACACAGCUGGGAAAUGUCUAAGGCCAGAUUUGAACCCAGGACCUCCUAUCUCUAGGCCUGGCUCUCCAUCCACUGAGCCACCCAGCUACCCCCACAAGGUACUAUUUUCUAAGGGCACCUAUGUGCUACAGUGGCUAGCAGGCUAGACCUGGAGUAAGGAAAACUUAUCUUCCCGAGUUUAAAUCCAUCCUCAGAUACUUUGUAACUGGACAAGUCACUUAACCUUAUUUAUCUCCAUUUCCUCAUCUGUAAAAUGAGCUAGAGAAGGAAAUGGGAAUCCACUUCAGUGUCCUUGCCAAGGAAAUUUCAAAUGGAGCCACAGAGAGUUAGACAUGACUCAAUGACAACAAUUUUUUCUAAGAUUAUAACUAUAGACUUUUUGAAGAUCUUUCACUAGUUAAAUCAAGGAGCAGGGGGAAAGGGGAGCACUGAGGGUUCUAAAUAAGCAUACCAGUGCUUAAAAGUAAAGAAUACAGCUGCCUCAGAAUUUGGCUUGGAGGAUCUGUGUAUUUUCUGGCCUGUGGGCAGGAAGGUAAGCAAAGAAGCAUGUGAAAAGUCACAGACUUACUAAAGGAGAGUCAGGGACUGACCAAGAGGAGUAAAGAGAUGAGGGGCUAAAUUGGAAGGCUUAGCAGGCAGCAUUUUGGGUGACUGGGGAGGCUGAAAGCGUUUAAGAAUGUUGACCUGGAGGUGGAACACAGGCAAGCAGGUGGAGGAGGAGUCAUUCACUCCAAUUCUGUUGGCAGUCCAUCCCCAGCUUUGUUACCUCUGAUUCCUUAGGCACAGUUCUGGUUAAGUAUGUGUUAGGAGGAGGAGAAGGAGGAAAGGGAUGAAAGAAAAUGAAGUUGUUUAGAGAAAGUGGGGAUUGGAAAACAGGAUGGUUGGUAGGAAAGGAGCUUCCGGGGACAGAAGAAGAAAGAGAAGAUGAGGGGACUAAGAAAAGCUUUAAAGUGAGCAGAACAGCAAAGGUUAAAUCGCUCAAAGAGAUUCCUAGGAGAAAGAAUCUUUGGGGGGGCAGGAGGGCCAAGGGGCUGUCAGGCAGGGCCUUGCCUGAAAUGAAGUUCAGCCAGAAUUAGAAGAAAGGUCUAACUCAAACAAAUGUUCACAACCCUUUCUGUGUAUAUUGUGGAUCCUUUGGGCUGGUUGGUGAAGCCUGUGAACCCCUUCUCAUACUGUUUUAGAAGACAUCCAGUAUAUACGGUUGGAAAGGAAAUCAGCUAUUUAGAAAUAGAGUUUUUAAUUUUUUUUAAAAUACAGUCACAGACCCCAGGUCAAGAAUCCCGAAACUAAAGAGAUCAGACAGACAAGACCAUUUUUUCAGUCAUCAGGAAGCUAAGCAAGUGGGCUUGGACUCGGAUUUGGGGGAGAAGUGAGGUGGGGAAGACAAGGUAGAUGGAGACAGAGGAGGCAAAACAGAAAGGCUUUAUUACUUUGUGGAACUGAAGAAAUAUGAAUUAAAUAAAAAGAUUGCAUAUGCCUGUAAGUAUUUACCUGUAUAGAGUAUACCAACAAAUGCCACACAUUGCAAUAAAGUAACUUGGCGCCCUAAA